AUGCGUGGCCUGGCCCGCUGGACUCUGCUGGUGGCGCUGGCCAACUGGGGCCACGCGUUCGUCCCCCUGGCCGACUUCUACCCAUUCGGCUCGGAGGUGGGGGAUGCGGUCACUCCGAAGCAGGAUGACGGGGGCUCGGGGCUGCUCCCCAUCUCUGUCCAGUUCCCGUUCUUCGGAGCGGGACACACUGGCCUCUACGUGAACAACAAUGGAAUCAUCUCCUUCCUAAAGGAAGUCUCUCAAUUCACGCCGGUAGCCUUCCCCAUCUCUAAAGACCGCUGUGUGGUGGCUGCUUUCUGGGCUGAUGUUGAUAACCGCCGGGCUGGAGAGGUCUAUUACCGGGAGAGUAAGGAGCAGGCCACCCUGCAGAGAGCCACGGAGGACAUCUGGAGAUAUUUCCCAGAGCUCCCCGACUUCUCAGCAAAGUGGGUUUUCGUGGCCACCUGGCACCAGGUGACUUUUUUUGGAGGGAGCUCAUUUUCUCCGGUAAAUACCUUCCAGAUCGUCCUCAUCACAGAUGGCAAGCUGUCCUUUACCAUAUUCAACUAUGAGUCCAUCUUGUGGACCACAGGCAUGCACGCCAGCAGUGGGGGCAACUUAGCAGGCCUAGGAGGCAUUGCUGCACAGGCAGGGUUCAAUGCUGGUGAUGGGAAACGUUACUUCAACAUCCCUGGCUCCCGCACCGAUGACAUCGUCGACGUGGAGAUGACGACAAAUGUGGGUAUCCCCGGGCGAUGGGUGUUCAGAAUCGAUGAUGCCCAGGUGCAAGUGGGGGGCUGCAGCAACACAACUUCUGUGUGUCUGACCCUCCGUCCUUGUCUGAAUGGAGGGAAAUGUAUUGACGACUGCAUUACUGGGAACCCUUCUUACACCUGCUCCUGCCUGGCAGGCUUCACAGGGAAAAAAUGCCACCUGGAUGUGAAUGAGUGUGCUUCCCAUCCAUGUCAGAAUGGAGGGACCUGUACACAUGGCAUAAACAGUUUCAGCUGCCAAUGCCCCCCAGGCUUCAAAGGGCCCACCUGUGGGACAGUGGAAUCCCCGUGUGACACCAAGGACUGUCAGAAUGGUGGAGAAUGCCAGGCUGGAAACGGGACUGCAGAGUGCCUGUGCCAGCCAGGGUACACAGGAGAAAACUGUGAAAUCGAUAUAAAUGAAUGUGACUCUGACCCAUGCAUGAAUGGGGGGAAAUGUGUUGACCUGGUGGCUAACUAUACCUGCCUGUGUUCAGAGCCCUUCACUGGCCCUCGCUGUGAGUUGGAUCAGUCAUCCUGUGAAGACCGGAGCUGCAGGGACAGGCAGACUUGCAACUACAUCCGCCCAGGCCGCUACAUUUGCACGUGUUCUCCUGGCUACUAUGGGAACAACUGUCAGUAUGGAGGCCCCAGAAUCCCAAGUGCCUGUCUCUCCAAUCCCUGCCAGAAUGAGGGCACCUGCCUGGAGACAGACCAGGGCUACCUCUGCGAGUGUCCACAUGGGUAUACAGGCUCCAACUGUGCAGAAAAGCUCCCCGAAGACUGUGAGUGCCGCAACGGGGGGAGAUGCCUGGAUGGAAACUUCACCAUGUGCCACUGCCCCCCAGGAUAUUUUGGUCUCCUUUGUGAAUUCGAAGUAACUGCCACACCGUGCAAUGUGAACACCCAGUGUCCUGAUGGCGGUUACUGCAUGGAGUAUGGCGGGAGUUACCUCUGUGUAUGCCACACUGACUACAACACCAACCACUCUCUGCCCUCUCCCUGCGACUCAGAUCCCUGCCUCAACGGGGGCUCCUGCGAUGCCCAUGACGACUCCUACACGUGUGAGUGCCCACGAGGCUUCCAUGGCAAGCACUGUGAGAAAGUAAGGCCGAGACUGUGCAGUUCUGGGCCCUGUCGGAACGGUGGGACAUGCAAGGAGUCCAACGGGGAGUACCAAUGCAGCUGCCCCUAUCGGUUCACAGGGAAGCACUGUGAAAUAGGAAAGCCAGACUCUUGUGCCUCUGGCCCUUGUCAGAAUGGAGGGACCUGCUUCCAUUACAUUGGCAAAUACAAGUGCGACUGUCCAGCGGGGUACUCAGGGAGGCACUGUGAAGUAGCUCCGUCUCCUUGCUUUAUGAGCCCCUGUGAAAAUGGUGCCACGUGCAAUGAUCUUGGCAAAGACUACACCUGUCGCUGCCGUGCUGGGUAUACUGGGAAACGCUGCCAGUCAGAGGUGGACUGCGGUACUCCCAGCUCGGUGAAGAACACCAAAGUGAGAUUUAACUCCACCAAGAUGGGCUCCCUGGCCGAAUACGAAUGUGAGCAGGGCUACGUCCUCGUCUCUGGGAACAACCCCAGAGUGUGCAGAACACACGGACUCUGGAGCGAACCCCCGCACUGUGAUGAAAUCAAUGAGUGUGAAUCUCAGCCUUGCCUGAAUGGAGGCUCCUGCAAGGACCGAAUCGCCAGCUUCCUCUGCGUCUGUGGCUCAGGAUACACAGGACCCCACUGUGAGCUGGAGAUUGAUGAAUGCCAGUCAGAUCCCUGUAAAAAUGGAGGAAUCUGCAAAGAUCUCCCAGCAGCCUUUGUUUGCCAGUGUCCUGAUGGCUUUGCUGGAAUCCACUGUGAAAUAGAAGUGGAUGCCUGUGACUCAGGGCCCUGUCAGCACGGAGGAGAGUGUGAGAAUGAUGGAGGCUCCUAUCUGUGUGUCUGCCCCGAAGGUUUCUUUGGCUACCACUGUGAGAUAGCGAGUGAUCCGUGUUUCUCCAACCCCUGUGGAGGCCGAGGUUACUGUCUCUCCAGCAACGGGUCCCACAGCUGCACCUGUAAAGUGGGCUACACCGGCCAAGACUGUUCCAAAGAGCUGCUGCCACCCACAACACUCAAAGUGGAAAGGGUGGAGGACAGCGGGGUCUCCAUCUCCUGGCGUCCCCCCGAGGACCAAGCAGCCAAGCAGAUGAUAGACGGCUACGCUGUGACCUACACCUCCUUUGACGGCUCCUACCGCCGGACUGACUUUGUGGAUCGCAGCCACUCUGCCCACCAGCUGCGGGCCCUAGCCUCGGGGAAAGCCUAUAACAUCUCUGUCUUCUCGGUCAAACGUAACGUGAACAACAAGAAUGACAUAAGCAGACCCGUGGUGCUCGUCACGCGCACUCGGCCUAGGCCUGUAGAGGGCUUUGAGAUCACCAACGUGACGGCCUCGUCAAUCACGGUCCAAUGGGCUCUCCACAAGGUCAAGCACUCCACCGUCAAUAAAGUUCGUGUGUCUAUCCGCCGCCUUGGGGACCAAGAAGACCAUGCUGUGGAGCUGGACAGUACCACUGACAAGUACACAUUCUGGGAUCUGCUGCCAGGAGAGAGGUACGUUAUUCAUGUGGCCACCCUCAGUGGGCUGGGCACAGAAGAUCAUCCCUCAGAGAGCCUGGCUACUGCGCCUUUCCACGUGUGGACUCGUCCUCUCUCUCCUAAAAACCUGACGGCCUCAAGAGUCACUGCUACUUCUGCCCACAUGGUCUGGGAGCAGCCACCUCCCGGGGCUUCCGUGGAGGGCUAUAUCAUCAAUGUGACCACAAGCCAGAGUGUGAAGAGCCGCUAUGUGCCCAACGGGAAGCUGACCUCCUACACCAUGCGCGAUCUGCAGCCAGGUCAAAGGUAUCGACUCUCGGUGACUGCUGUACAGAACACAGAGCAAGGGCAAAUGCACAGCGACCCUGCCCAUCUAUACGUUAUAACCUCACAGAGGGAUGGCUCUUCAGACAGAAGAUGGAGCCAAGGAGGGCACCCCAGAGUGCUAAGAAACAGACUGCCCCCAGCCUUUGUGCCUGAUCUCCGGCUGCUGGCUGACCGAGAGGUUUCAGAGGAACCAUCCCAGCCCCCCAGGUUUACUGAACUGGUGGAUGGUAGAGGAAGAAUCAGCGCCAAAUUCAGCAGCGUCCCGAGUACAUCGGUCACUGUGAGAUCACAACCAGAGACCCCAGUGAAAUUGGAGAACAUGGAAGAAUCCACCAACCGCAUCAGCCUGGCACUCCAACUACCUGAACCCGAAAGCAACAAAGAGGAGGAAGAUGACCACAGGAACUGCUCCAUAAACCCCUGCCAAAAUGGCGGCACAUGUGUGAGUGGGACGGACUCCUACAGCUGUGACUGUGGCAUUGGAUUCAAAGGCAGACACUGCGAGCUCUCGUGCAAGAAGGUGCCGCAUCCCUGUACACGGCUGUACUCAGAGACCAAGUCCUUUCCGGUCUGGGAAGGAGGAGUCUGCCACUACGUGUACAAGAGAAUCUACAAAGUCCACCCUGACAUCUGCUACAAGGAGAGCUGUGAGGGCACCACUGCCCAGAAGACCCCCAGCAGGUACUAG